AUGGCGGACGACCAGGAGAGGCGUCAGCUAGUGCUUCGACGUACGGCACUUCUUGCUUCACUCAGAAGAGCAGGAAUAUUUAUGGCGGAAUACCAGGAGGAACGGGACAGGCUCGAGGUGGCGCUGCGGAUCGAAAACCUGGACGUAAUCCGGCAGGAUCUUGAGGACAUCCAAUCGGUUCUUGAAGGCAUCGAGGAAACAAAUGAAGGUAUAACCCUAAACACCCAAAUUCGCUCUGCAUUUGAAGGGCAAUUUUUCAAAAUAAAGGCUGGUCUGCUGUCAAAACUGCCUCCGUCUAUUCCUGUUGGCAGUGCUCCUCAUCCUACCCCCCCUACAUUUCCCUCCAGUCUUAAGGGUCUCAAACUUCCGACGAUCACGUUGCCUGAAUUCAACGGGGAUUUCAAAGAGUGGUUGGCAUUCCACGACACAUUCCUAGCGUUGAUCCAUUUGAAUCAGGAUGUUCCGGAGAUCCAGAAAUUCCACUACCUCAAGUCAGCGGUAACGGGUGAAGCCGCUCAAAUAAUCGAGUCGUUCGCGAUCAGUGCCACUAAUUAUUCUUUAGCUUGGCAGGCAUUGGUCGGAAGGUAUGCGAACGAGUAUCUUUUGAAGAAACGGCAUCUGCAGGCGAUGCUGGAAAUCCAAUGGAUAAAAAAGGAAACUACCGCUUCAUUGCAUGGGAUUGUCGACGAGUUCGAGCGGCAUACCAAAAUCCUGCGGCAGCUUGGAGAGCCAGUGGACGGCUGGAGCACAAUACUGGAACAUUUGCUGUGCGUUCGCAUUCCUGAUGAUACUCUCAAGGCAUGGGAGGAUCAUGCAUCGACAAUAGAGAAGCCAAGUUAUGAAGCCCUUAUUGAGUUCCUGCAUCGACGCAUCCGUGUUCUGGAAUCAAUUUCGGUGAAUCACGUUCAACCUCCACCGCAGUACGUCACGUCCUCUCACGUUUCGGCAACUCGCAAGUCCACCCAGAUGAAACCGUCGCCCAGUACAGCAGUCGACACUCCAGGAAAGUGCUAUGCUUGUGAACAGCGCCACCCAUUGGUAAAGUGCACAAAAUUCGAGAAAAUGAAUGCAAUAGAUCGCCUUGCCCUGAUCAAUGCAAAUCGGUUGUGUUUGAAUUGUUUUAGGAGUGAUCAUUUUUCAAGGCAUUGUUCAUCUAAAUACACCUGCAGAUUCUGUAAACGACGUCAUCAUUCCCUUCUCCAUGCAGGCUUCGGAGACAGUGCAGGUCCCCCUCGCUCCGACCAAGCUUCAUCCUCUACUGGCAACUUUACACGAGCGUCGACUAACGUGAGUGUAGCUUCGGCAGGUGAUGAGUCAUCUUCUCCCAUGUUAUCUGCAGCCACUUCCAUCCAACCGAGAGAAAUCAACUGCAGUCUGCCACUGCAAGGAACCGGGAAGAACGUGUUUAUGCUCACAGCGGUCAUCGUGGUCAUCGAUCGCUAUGGUAAGGAGCAUUUCGCACGUGCGCUUUUGGACUGCGCAUCUCAACCAAAUCUGAUUACCGAGAAGAUGGUCCAGCUGCUACGACUGAAGCGAAGCAAAUCGAAUGUUAUCGUUCAAGGAAUCGGUGAGCAAUCGCAAAACGCCAGAGAAUCAGUUCACGUCCAGAUCCGGUCCCGAAAGCAGGAUUUUUCGAUGAAUGUUGAGUUUUUAAUACUUCAAAAAGUAACCCCCGAUCUACCCGUCCACGAUAUUCCAGUGGACUACUCGAAGCUUCCUUCAAAUCUGUUCCUGGCGGAUCCCCAAUUCCAUAAACGUACGCCAAUUGACAUGAUCCUAGGAAUCGAGCAUUUCUUCUCAUUCUUUCCAACGGCAAACAGGAUUCAACUACCUAAAUCUCUUCCGAUGCUUGUCGAUAGUGUUUUCGGAUGGUUAAUUUCCGGCUCAGCUGAUAAGGUUCCUUCAGCUAAACAGAAUCCUCCCUGUAGCAUCGUAGCUGUUUCCCUAUUCACGCUUGAAGAGAGCGUCGAACAGUUUUGGAAGGUUGAAGAGCUACAAGCCCGGUCUGCCUAUUCGUUGGAAGAAAGGCGAUGCGAAGAAUCAUUUUCAUCUACCACAACGAGAACAACAGAUGGACGAUACAUGGUACGUUUACCCCGCCAACCCAACUUCAACGAGCUGAUUGGAGAUUCCAGACCAAUGGCACUCCGUCGGUUUCUCCUCCUGGAAAAACGACUUGCACGGAAUCCUGAACUGAAGAAUGAAUACCACAAGUUUAUGGAAGAAUACCUCUCCCUUGGACACAUGCAGCGUGUUCGAGAAGACGACGGACAGUAUUCCCAAGCAUACUACCUCCCGCAUCACCCGGUAGUGAAGGAAGCCAGCACAACGACGAAAGUACGUGUGGUUUUCGACGCGUCGGCUAAGACCUCUACAGGCUCAUCUCUCAACGAAGCUCUACUAGUAGGUCCUGUGGUGCAGGAUGAUCUCCUAUUGACCAUUCUUCGGUUCCGGACAUUUCCCGUGGCGUUGGUGAGUGAUAUCGCCAAAAUGUACCGGCAAGUUUUGCUCCAUCCCGACGAUACACCUUACCAGAGAAUUCUGUGGCGAUCCGACCCGGCCGAUCUAAUCCAAUGCUAUGAGUUGUUGACUGUUACGUAUGGCCUGAGCCCAUCAUCCUUUCUAGCCACACGCACGUUGCAACAGCUGGCUAACGAUGAAGGCGAUUCCUAUCCGCUGGCCGGACCCGCUGUUCGGAAGAGUUUCUACAUAGAUGACUUCAUCGGAGGAGCACAGUCCAUCACAGAAGCAAUCCAGUUAAGGACAGAACUCAGUGAACUCCUGGCGAAAGGCGGUUUUCCACUUCGAAAAUGGACAUCUAAUCAGCUACCAGUGCUGGCAGGUCUGUCACCCGAUGAAAUUGGUACCCAAUCAUCAAUUCAGUUUGACAAGCACGAGACGGUGAAAACACUAGGAAUUUCCUGGGAACCUGAGCCUGAUAUCCUUCGCUUCGACUCCGAGAUUCGCCAACACAAGCAUGCACCAACGAAACGAUCGAUCCUUUCGGCAAUCUCUCAACUGUUCGACCCAUUGGGGUUAAUAUCGCCGAUUGUCAUCAAGGGUAAGAUGCUAAUGCAACGUUUGUGGCUGCUACCAUGUGCUUGGGACGACGAGGUACCCAAUCAUAUAGCGACGUCCUGGGAGAAAUAUGCAGCACAACUUCCAAAGGUGGCAAAUUUCCGCAUCAGCCGUUACGCCCUACUACCAAACUCCACCAUCCAGCUUCAUACGUUUUCCGAUGCAUCGGAAUCGGCGUACGGUGCGUGUACUUAUGCCAGAUGUGUCGACUCCUCGGGACAGAUUCGUGUUCAACUGCUUGCUUCCAAAUCCCGAGUCGCACCUUUGAAGAAAAUUACACUACCUCGCCUAGAACUGUGUGCUGCAGACAUUGCAGCCAAAUUACACACCCGGAUCGUCGAGGCGCUCCAAACUCCCAUCGCUGGUUCGUAUUUUUGGUCCGACUCCACCGUAACCCUGCAAUGGCUGCGAGCACCUCCUAAUACCUGGAAAACGUUUGUGGCGAACCGAGUAUCGGAGAUACAAAGCUCUACGCAUGGAGCCUUUUGGAAUCACGUAGCCGGAACAGAAAAUCCCGCGGACCUAAUAUCACGCGGCAUGCACGUCGACGACUUUCUGGUCAGCAAAUUGUGGAAGGGAGGUCCCAAUUGGCUGUCGAAUCCAAGAACGAAAUGGCCAGUCUUAAAAUUUACCGAAUACCCAGAAGACGGGAAGGAACGCAGAAAGCUGAUUACAGCCGUCACAAGGACUCAAGUGAUAUGCAGUACCAUCAAUCCGAUCUUUGCCAGAUUUUCAUCCUACGAACGUUUGCUUCGAUCUACAGCCUACAUCCUUCGAUUCAUCGCCAAUGCUCGCUGUAAAGCGCGCACGCAACCGCUCCCCCUUACUGGUCCGAUUCCCAGUAUCUCGCUUAAUGUGAAGCACCUGAACAACGCAGAACAAAAACUGACUCAGCUGGCUCAAACAGAUGCAUUCGACGAGGAGAUCCAAAAUUUGCAGCAUAACAAGGCCGUCGGAAAGCGUUCUGCAAUCCGUCUACUGACUCCGUUUCUAGACCCUGAGGGAACCAUACGUGUAGGGGGGAGACUUAAAUUUUCAGACCAGCCAUUUCUAUUCAAACAUCCCGCCCUAUUGCCCAGCAACCAUCCCCUCACUCGUUUAAUUGCCAAAUCCUACCACAUAUCACUUAUUCACGGUGGCGGCCGCCUAACACUUGCGGCUAUACGAGAAAAAUACUGGCCAGUCAACGGGCGACGACUGGUUCGCAGCAUCCUUCGCAGCUGUUUCCGUUGCGCCAGAGCCCAGCCUGUCCCGACCACUCAACAGAUUGGUCAACUUCCCCUGCAUCGAGUAGCACCCAGUCGACCGUUUGCCAUUUCUGGUGUGGAUUAUGCAGGACCAGUCUACUUGAAGCCGGUACACAAGCGAGCUGCUGCAACUAAGGCUUACAUCAGCAUCUUCGUCUGCUUCUGCACCAAGGCGGUGCACAUCGAGUUGGUGAGUGACCUGUCGACGCAAGGCUUCCUGUCGGCACUUCGUCGUUUCAUCGCUCGUCGUGGACUACCGAGUGACUUGUACUCUGACAACGGAAAGAACUUCGAAGGCGCCGCCAACGAACUGGAUGAAGUCUACCGAAUGCUGCAAGAUGAGUCGCAGAUGCGACAAAUUACAUCUGAUCGAGCCUGUGAACGUAUCACUUGGCACUUCAACCCGCCGAAGGCCCCACAUUUUGGAGGAUUGUGGGAGGCGGCGGUCAAGGUGGCCAAACAUCAACUGUACCGACAGCUCGGCAAUUCAAAGCUGUCUUUCGAGGAUCUAACCACCCUGCUAACGCAGAUCGAAACGAGCAUGAACUCGCGCCCUAUCGUACCACUGAGUGAGGACCCGAAUGACAUCGCUGCGCUAACUCCUGCGCACUUCCUAAUCGGUAGCACAAUGCACUCCCUGCCCGAACCAGAGUUGCAUCGAUUGCCACUGAACCGUCUGGACCAUUAUCAACGUCUACAACGAAUCUAUCAGCAGUUCUGGUAUCAUUGGCGGACAGAAUACCUUCAAGAGCUGCAACGAGACUCUAAGGUUUGUCAUCCCAAUGCAGACAUUCAACCGGGGAGACUCGUAGUGCUGACUGACGAACUUCAAAUGCCGGUGAAGUGGCCAUUGGCUCGAAUAAUUGCCGUUCACCCAGGCAAAGACAAGCUGGUGAGAGUUGCUUCACUGCGCACUAGCCGGGGAGUCAUCGUACGGCCAAUCACCAAAAUCUGCUUGCUUCCGCUGGAAGAACGGGAUGCCGAAUUACCGCACGGAGACGAUCAACCUACAACCCGCCCUGCGGAAUCCCAGGAGGAUCACACCGGAGGAGAACACUAA